CUGCGCAAACGUAGUGUCGCAAUCGUUCAACGAUUAGAAAUUAUAAGCAGUCGGUCGAGUGAAACAAAACUGCUGGCUCUCACAGUCCCCGUUCUCGCAUCGCGCGAUCGGCCACUUUACGACCACCAGCGGACACCAAGAUUAGGGUGACCAGUCCCCGGAUAGGUUCCAAAGUCGAACCCGACCACGCGGAGGGACCUAAUCGCCGUCUAGGUGAAGCUAUCCGACAGUAGUCCUAGUACGACUCUCUGGCAUCGCGACUUCGCAACACGGCUAGAUAGACACGCGCCUCUACCUACGCGCUGCUUGAUGGGACCGAUCAAGUCAGUCCGCCGCGAACUGUCGAGACGAUCGGACCGUGAUGUGAUUGAUGAUCGUGAACAGGCCGGGAUUCAGACCCAUGCGCUCAACUUAAGCGACACCGGAUAAGGGGACCAAUCAUGAGAAUAGUUUUUCUUUCGUUGGUGAUGUGCCUGACGGGCGCGAGUCACGCGAUGCCGAGGAUCGACUACAAGACCUUGCGCGAACAGAUACUGAAAUACGAGCAACGGUCCAUGCUGGGCGCAAAUCUGACCUUGAACGUUGUCGAGCAGGCCGCCAACGAUAUCCUGAUGAAGGAGAAGUGGAAGGAAGUGGAGGCUGGCUUCAAGACCCCGAAGAAGUUCGCCCCGGGCCGGAACUUCAUAACUGCGAAGAAGGACAUCGACGAGUCCGAAGUAUUUCAAUUGAUCAGAAAAAUGCCGAAAGGCGCGGUGCUGCAUGCUCACGACACGGCCCUGGCCUCGACCAAUUACAUUUAUAACAACAUCACAUUUCGCGACAAUUUGUACGUCUGCGAGACGAACGAGACGUUCAAAUUGAAGUUCUUCGAAGAACCGGACGAGGAAUGCGAAUGGGAGUUGCUGAAGAAAGUUCGCCAGCAGCCACUACGUGCUACGAGGGUGAAUAAGGAGAUUAGAAAUAGGCUGUCGAUGCUUUGCGACAACCCUGCGGAGGCUUAUUCCGACCUUGACAAGGCCUGGACGAAAUUCAGUGACAUUUUCGAGUUCGUUCAUCCGAUCCUCACCUUCAAGCCUAUUUACGACGACUAUUUCAGGGCUGUUCUGGAGCAACUCUACGAGGACAAUGUGAUGUACUUGGAGGUGCGAUCCACAUUGCCCGUUUUGUACGAUUUCAACGGCACCGAGUACAGUGCCAAGGACACUGCUGAUCUAUUGAAGAACGUUUCCGAGAGAUUUAUGAAGGAUCAUCCGGACUUCGUCGGAGUGAAAUUGAUCUACGCGCCUAAAAGAUUCGUCGAUCAGAGGCAGGCAGAAGAAUACAUCAAGAUCCUGAAAGAGUUGCAGGAGCUCUAUCCAAACUUUAUAGCAGGUUUCGAUUUAGUCGGACAAGAGGACAAAGGAAAAACGUUGCUGUACUUUUCACACAUUCUCGAAAACGUUGCACUGGAUACGAAUUUCUUUUUCCAUGCUGGCGAGACUAAUUGGUACGGUGUAUCCACCGACGAGAAUCUAGUCGACGCUAUUUUGUUGAACACGAAACGCAUCGGCCACGGAUACGCGCUGGUCAAUCAUCCCGUUCUCCUCGAAAUGACGAGGCAAAUGAACAUCGCUAUAGAAGUGAACCCAAUUUCUAAUCAAGUUCUAAAACUCGUGGACGAUAUGAGAAACCACGCUGCCAGACGAUUGUUCGCCGAAGGAUACCCAGUGGUGAUUUCAAACGACGAUCCAUCAUUUUGGGGCGCUAGAGCUUUGAGCUACGACUUCUACGAAGCUUUCGUGGGGAUCAUGUCCAAGCACGCUGAUUUGAAAGCGCUCAAGCAGCUAGCUAUUAAUUCUCUCGUCUACAGCAGUUUGAGCGCCGAAGACAAGGAAGCCGCCCUGUCCCUUUGGGAGCACAAAUGGGAUAAUUACGUGAACGAUGUAGCUCAAGGAGGACGUCGGACGUCGUCUACGAGUACAGACAAACCCUAGCUAUUAUUUUUAUACUAGAUAUCACACAAUGCCUAUAGAAAACACCAUUCAACUCUCUGUCCUUUUAACACCGUCGUGGUAAAAGGUGAUCACGGAUAGUAUCGGUUUUUUCUGUGAUUUAUUUCGUUCGAGGAAGUCACACAUUCUGCCUCAAUCGUGUGCCAUUAUUAAGGUAAUAAGUGCGAUGCAUUUGUAAUUGAGAUGCACUUCAAGGAAACGUUUAAGUUCGAAGUCUUUUCCUACAACUAAUCACGAGUGGAAAUUCGGUCGUAGAAGUAUUAAAUUUUCCACGUUGACGAGAUUGUAUAAUAUGUAUUUUUGCCACAUUCACGAAAAUAAAAUUUAUUUAUUUAUUUC